AUGGGAGCGGGGCAAUCUAACCAUAAACUUCAACCACCAUCGCUUCACAACAUUCGAUUCAAUCGUGGCAAUUCGCAGCGCAUCUUCUCUCACAAAGCCCUUCCCGGCAGUGAUGGUCACGCACUUGGUGUAGUCGGUGUGGGGGAUUUGGAGUCCAGUAACCCACCAAGCAGCUUUGAAAGCGAGAGUGCAAGCGUCUCCCUUUCCCACUCUUUUACCCUCGCGGGCUCGGCCUCCUCCUCUCCCACUCCACCCAUUGAAACGGUGAUGAUGCUUCUGGGAGAAUCGAAACCACCUCGCGAGAAGGGCGGUAGCAGGAAGGGGAAACCGGUUUCUUGUGGUGACGAAGCUACUGGUGAGCGCCAGCACCAUCACCCGCAGCCUAGAAAGCGAGCUCCUCUGGGAUUCUCAAUAAUGCCCGCUGGAGGCGUGGCUCUGACAGUCUACAUCAAGACCCCUUUGCAACGGGCGGGCACGGAGGAUUGGAAGGUCUUUGGGAAGAAGGCGGAACGAUAUCUAGCAGGACUGGAGCGGCAGUAUAAUUGCAGUAUCAUGUUAUUUGAUAGACAAUCCUGGUUUAGAGGCGUGCCCAUUCGCAAGCUAAGAAUUGUGGGCACUAACUGUCAGGAUGUACUGAAGUGCAAGGGCGGACUACCGACUUUCAUUUCCGAGAAUUUGAUUACUUCGGAGGAUAACUAUGUAGACACUCUAGGCUACCAGUUUCAUGUUAUCGAUAAGUCAGUCAUCACUCUUGCCAAAGGUGCCAUUGGUCCUGAUGUCUUUCACAAUUUUAAAGCUCUACUACAGAUCUUGAGGUCCAGCAUUGAAAAGACCUCGAAGGGUGUUGGAGCCGAUGAGCAGCGUUUCCAUGACGCAAUCAUGAAUACGAUUGCCGAGUUCGCCAAAAACCUCCCGGAUGCCCAAAAGAUUGAGAUUUUGAAGUUCAUUCUUAACUUCGAUCCCCUUCCAAGUGGACGGUCUAACAGCAAAGAUUACUCUAAACCGAUGGUGAAAGUGUUGGUGAAGACCAUGCUCACAGUGGCAACGCAAUACCAAACAGUGGCCAUCUCGAAUGCUAUCGAUUCGGACUUUUUACGCCUUUUGCUCCACGGAGUGGCUCUUGAUCCCGACGCUUCCAUUCGGGUUUACGUGCAGAAGAUUCUCCACGCUCUCAUUGAUCGACACAACAAUGCUCCCAAACUCCUUAAAGUCAGAAUAUAUCCCCCUGAGGAGGUCACGAAUGUCUACACUCGAGAGAAGCCUUCUCGACAAGAUAUUUUAUUCAUGAAAAAGACUGGCUAUCUGUUGACGGAAAAUACCUUCCACCAGAUGUUGGAUCCCAGCAACAAGGUUGACAACCUCGAACACCUGAUGUGCACCAUUGGCCUAGUGGCGUUGGAGAUGGAACCCAACUUAAAUCUUGCUUCAGCUCUGCGUCUGGUUCUCGUGGAACUGCUGCGUUUGGUGCUAGCGGUGCAGCAGAAGACCACGGAAUCUGAUGGAAGUCUUCCUUUGCCACACCUCUGUGCUAUCCAUGCCGUGCUUGCCACUGUGAUGUCGAUCAUCGUCCCCAUUUCUUCUCUCAGGGAAUCUCUUCAAUCGCAUGUGCAAGGCGUUAUAAAAACGCGUCGGGAAAGAGCACCUUACCUCCUCCCAGACGUCGCUUUCAAUCGAAAAAAUACGCAGGAAACGUAUCCAGCGCAAUUAGUGAUCUCUGAGGACAUGCUCUUCUGCCGGGAGGCAGUACAUUCCGCCCUGCAGCAGGCUGCCCUCGACCCCUCUAGUUUGGACGUGCCUUACCAGCCCUUCGACCCACUCAAAGCUCUCCAAUCCCUCCGCGUUGCCAUGCUCGGCAGCUCUGCGGCAUUGGCGGCGGCGGGAGGCGGAGGCACCGGCUCGGUCACCACACCCGGCGGUCGCACCAGUGGAGCCUCUGAAUACGACUCCACCAACCGAUUUAGUGGGUGGGGCACUCUUCCUGGAUCUUUGAACCGCGGUGCCGGUCCUGGAGACACAUUCCGAAAUGGGGCUCAGUACGGUUCCAGGAAUGCGGCGCCUAUGGGUGCCGAUAGUCAGUCACUGAGCAGCUUGUCAAUGGCCGAGAGCAGUCAGUCGAUACUAAAUGCUGGUUCGCGUGCCUCUGAUCUCGAAAAGGAGGAGAUGAUCUCCUUCAAACAUGCACAGAAGAUUUUGUAUGAGUCUCCAGAAACCAGGAGGAAAAGAAAGUAUGCAGAAAAUAUGCGAAUGACUUCCAAUUACGACACUCUGAUGGGUAAAGGCACGAUGGAUUUCAAUGAGUUGUGUGCGCUUCAUAAGGAGCGGGCACAGACGCGGCGCUUUAACAUGGCAGGAGUGUUCAACGACCUCUCCAACGAGCUGAACCGUCGAAAGCUGUCACAGAGACGGACGAGUCUAAACACAGGGGGACUGUCCUUUCUACGUGGUAGUAACGCGCGAAAUGAGAAGACUGAUGGAGUAGAGAUGGCGCUGCGCCGGAGCGCCGCUGGUAGCGGCGGUGCAGCAGAGGAGAACUCGGGUGGAGAGGCGAGCGAGUGGGCAGUCGAUAGGGAGGGAGCAGCAAUCGUUAGGGAGACACAGGAGGCGAAAGCGGAGGAUACGAUGGGACAGGGAUCUACCACGCUGCUACGCUGGCUGGUCGUCUGCUGUGCUGCUAUGCGGGAACUGGCUGUAUUAGGAGGACAUUUCGGUGCAGUGGAAGACGGACCACGGAGAAGGUCGGGGACGAAGCUCAAAUCAAGAGGGAGAUCACGCAAUAGAUUGGAACUAGUCUUUACCCCCGCACUGGCGGCGGAGUUCUACGCCUAUCACCCAGCCAAAGGCCUUCUCGAUCUCUGCGCACUGAAGAACUGGGGCUCUUAA